GACAAUUAGGUUUGCUGCACGUGGAUUUGUUGAUAUAUCUGUUUUUAUAGGUUCCAAGCGAUUAUUGCAAACAUUUGAUGAAAAACACAUUCAAAAAUGGUUGCUGAUAGUAUUCUUUAAUAUAUACAACAUGCCAGUCGCCAGUAAAAUCUUUGAGGGAUAUAGAGCGCUUGGAUUUGUCAGCAAUCACGUUCCCCUGGCAGUCCGGUAUCACCAGAAGCACAAAGAUAAUUAUGUUGUUACAUGUGUUGGGAAAUCAUACCAUGUAUAUAACGUUUCAAAACUCGGGAUAGUCUGUGUUAGUGACAUUCAUCCUGAUGACAUAAACUGCCUUGCUGUAGAUUCCAAAUUUGUAUUUACCGGCUGCAAGAAUGUGAUACGAGCCUAUACUAGAUGGAAGCAGCUGUCAUUUACCUAUGAAGGGCACGAGAAGGACAUCCACAUGUUGCUACCGUUUGGAGAACACCUUGUGUCUGUGGAUGAAGAAAGCACGGUCAAAGUCUGGGAUGUGGAUGCUGAAGUUGUUUACAUGGAGAUGAAGUUCAACAACAGCACGUUUUGUGUAACAACUUUAAUGCAUCCAAGCACCUAUCUGAACAAGAUUCUGCUGGGGAGUAAACAGGGCAAGCUUCAGCUGUGGAACAUCCGCACUGACAAGAUGCUUUACAUGUUUGACGGAUGGAACGCAGGAAUCACAGCUACUGAACAAUCUCCAGCCAUUGAUGUAGUUGCCAUUGGAUUAGAUGAUGGGCAAAUCAUUUUGCAUAAUUUAAAAUUUGACGAAACCGUAAUAAAGUUUCGUCAGGAUUGGGGCCCAGUUACCAGCAUAGGUUUCAGAACAGAUGGUCACCCAGUGAUGGUUACAGGAAGUGCUGUUGGUCACAUGGCAUUGUGGGAUUUGGAGGAAAGGAAACUGAGUAGCCAAAUAAGGGAAGCUCACUCAACCUCUGUGACGGGACUGGUCUGUGUGGCCUCCGAACCGUUGAUAAUUACUUCAGCAUCUGAUAACUCACUAAAGGUGUGGAUUAUGGAUUUACCAGAUGGCGGAGGUCGUCUGCUCAAUCAGAGGUCAGGACAUUCUGCUCCACCCACCAGACUUCGGCAUUAUGGAAAUGAUGGCAAAAAUAUCCUCAGUACAGGGCAAGACAGCACUAUGCGUUCAUUUUCCACCAUUCAUGACAAACAUUACAAAAGCCUUGGGCGAGCCUCCUAUAACAAGACUGAGACGAGGAAGUCCGGCCUGAAGAAGGACAAACACAUGAUGCCUUCUGUUACACACUUUGUUUCAGAAUCAAGUCGACAGAGUGACUGGGAUAACAUUGUGGCAUGCCACCGUGGUCUGUGUACAGCAACGACUUGGAGCUACCAGAGGUCAACCAUGGGUCAACACAGGUUCAAGCAUGACAGGUUCAACGGCAAGACAAUGCAUGAUGUUGUAGCUCAGGCUGUUGAUAUCAGUCCAUGUGGAAACUUUACGGUGAUUGGGUAUAGCUCUGGGCAUGUUGACAAAUACAAUCUCCAGUCCGGCAUACACAGAGGCAGCUAUGGUGAUCCAACAGCACAUGACUGUUCCGUACGAGGGGUGGCCAUUGAUGGCCUUAAUCAGAUGCUGAUAACAGCUGGGGGUACGGGUGAUAUCAAAUUCUGGAAGUUUAAAGACAGGAAACUCCUAAAAUGUCUCCAGCUGAAAAAUCAAAUAUCUCAAAUAUGUUUACACAAAGAAAGUUCAAUGAUGGCCGUAUCACACGAUAACUUCAGUAUAAUGAUAGUGGACAUUGACACGAAGAGGGUGGUCAGAACCUUCCUUGGUCACUCCAACAGCAUCACAGACAUGACCUUUAGUACUGACUCCCGAUGGCUGAUCACAGCAGCCAUGGACUGCAGUGUGCGUACGUGGGACAUGCCGACAGGCAGACUUGUAGACUGCUUUGCAGUAGACUCAGCAGUAACGACCUUGUCAAUGUCACCUACGGGGGAUUUCCUGGUGACAGCCCAUGUUGAUGACAUUGGCGUGUACCUCUGGUCCAACCUUACUCUCUUCUCACAUGUGCCUCUCAGGCCCCUCCCUGCAGACUUUGAGCCACACACUUUGUCUAUGCCCGCCACCAGUAAACAAAAACCUUCAGGAGUGGAUGAGGAUGAGGAGGACCCCACAGAAGAGGAUCUGACAGACUUUAAAUCCCCACAACAGAUAUCUGAUGAACUAGUGACCUUAUCUCUGCUACCAAACUCUCGAUGGCAGAAUCUUCUAAAUCUUGACACAAUCAGGAGAAGGAACAAACCCAAGGAGCCUCCUAAGGCCCCCAAGGCAGCACCAUUCUUCUUACCCACUGUUGCUGGAUUGGAGUUCAAGUUCGCUGAACAAGAGGCCGAGGAAGAUAAGAGUUCCUCCAAGAUCAUCAAAGGAAAUCUGCAGCCUCUUUCAGGGCUUGGCAAAGUGUUAACACAAGAUGCUGAGGAGGGUAGUUUUGAUCAGACCCUUCAGAUGAUGAAAAAGCUUGGUCCAUCCGCUAUUGAUAUUGAGAUUCGGUCCCUGGAACCUGAUGGAGGGGGAUCUCUGGAGCUAGUGUCCUGUUUUCUUAGCUUUAUUGGCUAUGUCCUCACCACAAGGAGGGACUUUGAGCUGGCCAAUGCUUACCUGGGAUUGUUUAUCCAGGUCCAUGGCAGUCUGAUUGCUGCGGAACCCACAUUGGUGAAGGAAUUGGAAAAUGUAAAUCAGGUGCAGACAGAAGCUUGGCACGAGGUGCAGGAUUUGUUUACACAAAAUUUGUGUCUAGUGAACUAUUUAAGAACAGCAACAAUAUAGAUUACAAUACUGCAGAUUUGUUUUACUGCUGAUGGCCAAAGGUGCUGAACAAUAUUGAAAUAAUGCACAGAAACUAAUACCAGGUAAAACAAAAUUCACACAGUGACUAAAGCCUGAGAAAGUACUGUUUCAGGAUAAAACAAAAACUGUUAUUCUUGAAAUAUAUGUAAUAAAUGUAUAUGAAA